CAGGCUGUUCAACUGGAGUGCCUGCUUCCCUGAAAGCCCAGAGUAAAGCAAGGAGUAUGGUGCUGAGGUGAGGGAGGUCAUGAAGACGCCACUGUUGGCCUUGGCCUUGUGGUCACUGCUCCUCCGACCAGGGCUUUUGUUCUGGACCUCCCACGUGAGUCAGAACUGCCACAAUGGCAGCUACGAGAUCAGUGUCCUGAUGAUGAACAACUCGGCCUUCCCAGAGUCCCGGGUUAACUUGAAAGAGGUGGUGAAUGCGGGACUGGAAAUAGUGAGACAGCGUCUGCUUGAAGCUGGCCUAAAUGUGACCGUGAAUGCCACCUUUUUCUCUUCGGAAGGUAUGAUUUAUAAGUCCAGUGACUGCCGGAGUAGCACCUGUGAAGGCCUCGAACUACUCAGGAUGAUUUCAAGGGAAAAACAGAUGGGAUGUGUCCUCCUGGGGCCCACGUGCACCUAUUCCACCUUCCAGAUUUACCUCGACACAGAUUUGAACUAUCCCAUGAUUUCAGCUGGAAGUUUUGGAUUGUCGUGUGACUACAAAGAAACUUUAACCAGGCUGAUGUCUCCAGCUAGGAAGUUGAUGUACUUCUUGGUUGACUUUUGGAAGGUCAAUUACUUUCCAUUCAAAACUUCUUCCUGGAACACUGCCUAUGUUUUCAAGAAUGGCACCGAGUCUGAGGACUGUUUCUGGUACCUCAAUGCUCUGGAGGCUGGAGUUUCCUAUUUUUCUCAGAAACUUACCUUCAAGGAGAUGCUGAGAGGAGAUAACGAGUUUCAGCAUAUCUUAACGGACCAGAACAGGAAAAGCAAUGUGAUUGUUAUGUGUGGUACACCAAACACCAUCAACGUCCUCAAGGGUGACCGAGCAGUGGCUGAAGACACUGUCAUUAUUCUAGUGGAUUUAUUCAAUGAACACUACUUCAUGGACAAUGUUACAGCCCCUGACUAUAUGAAAAAUGUUCUUGUUCUGACACUGCCUCCUGGAAAUUCUGUCUCAAAUAGCUCUUUCGCCAAGAAUUUAUCACUGGAAAAUAAUGAUUUCGCUGCUGCCUACUUUGAUGGAGUCUUGCUCUUUGGACACAUGUUGAAGAUAUUUCUUGAAAAUGGAGAAGAAGUUACCACCCCUAAAUUUGCUCAUGCUUUCAGGAACGUCACUUUUGAAGGGCAUGUGGGUCCUGUGACUUUGGAUGACUCUGGGGAUAUUGACAAUACUAUGUUCCUUCUGUACACCUCUGUGGACACCAACAAAUACAAGGUUCUUUUGACCUAUGACACCCACAUAAACCAGACUAACCCGGUGGAUAAGAGCCCCACCUUCAUCUGGAAGCACCACAAACUUCCUAAUGAUAUUCCAGGCCGGGGCCCCCAAAUGCUGAUGGUGGCCGUCUUCACUCUCACAGGAGCUGUGGUCCUGGUCCUGCUCAUAGCUCUCCUGGUGCUCAGGAAAUACAAGGGAGAAUAUGCACUUCGUCAGAAAAAGUGGUUCCACAUUCCUCCUGAAAAUAUCUUUCCCCUGGAGUCCAAUGAGACCAACCAUGUUAGCCUAAAGAUUGAUGAUGACAAGAGACGUGAUACAAUCCAGAGACUACGACAGUGCAAAUACGACAAAAAGCGAGUGAUUCUAAAGGAUCUCAAGCACAACGAUGGCAAUUUCACCGAGAAACAGAAGAUAGAAUUGAACAAGUUGCUUCAGAUUGACUAUUACAACCUAACCAAGUUCUACGGCACGGUGAAGCUUGAUUCCAUGAUCUUUGGGGUGAUUGAGUACUGCGAGAGAGGAUCCCUCCGGGAAGUUUUAAAUGACACAAUUUCCUAUCCUGAUGGUACAUUCAUGGAUUGGGAGUUUAAGAUCUCUGUCUUGUAUGACAUUGCUAAGGGGAUGUCAUAUCUGCACUCCAGUAAGACAGAAGUCCACGGUCGUCUGAAAUCCACCAACUGCGUGGUGGAUAGUAGAAUGGUGGUAAAGAUCACUGACUUUGGCUGCAAUUCCAUUUUACCUCCAAGAAAAGACCUGUGGACUGCCCCGGAGCACCUGCGCCACGCCAGCAUCUCGCAGAAAGGAGACGUGUACAGCUAUGGGAUCAUCGGCCAGGAGAUCAUCCUGCGGAGAGAAACCUUCUACACGCUCAGCUGUCGGGACCAGAAGGAGAAGAUUUUCAGAGUGGAGAAUUCCAACGGAGUGAAACCCUUCCGCCCUGAUCUGUUUCUGGAAACAGCAGAGGAAAAAGAGCUGGAAGUCUAUCUACUUGUCAAAAACUGCUGGGAGGAAGAUCCAGAAAAGAGGCCAGACUUCAAGAAGAUUGAGAAUACACUGGCCAAGAUAUUUGGCCUUUUCCAUGACCAAAAAAAUGAAACUUAUAUGGAUACCUUGAUCCGACGUCUACAGCUGUAUUCCCGAAACCUGGAACAUCUGGUGGAAGAAAGGACACAGCUGUACAAGGCAGAGAGGGACAGGGCUGACAGACUUAAUUUUAUGUUGCUCCCAAGGCUGGUGGUCAAGUCUCUGAAGGAGAAAGGCAUCGUGGAGCCUGAAUUAUACGAGGAAGUUACAAUCUACUUCAGUGACAUUGUGGGGUUCACCACCAUCUGCAAGUAUAGCACCCCCAUGGAAGUGGUGGACAUGCUCAACGACAUCUAUAAGAAUUUUGACCACAUUCUCGAUCACCACGACGUGUACAAGGUGGAAACCAUUGGUGAUGCCUACAUGGUAGCUAGUGGUUUGCCUAAGAGAAAUGGCAACCGGCAUGCAAUUGACAUUGCCAAGAUGGCUUUGGACAUCCUCAGCUUCAUGGGGACCUUUGAGCUAGAGCAUCUUCCCGGCCUCCCAAUAUGGAUUCGCAUUGGAAUUCACUCUGGUCCCUGUGCUGCCGGAGUUGUGGGUAUCAAGAUGCCCCGUUAUUGCCUGUUCGGAGAUACAGUCAACACAGCCUCGCGGAUGGAAUCCACUGGCCUCCCCUUGAGAAUUCAUGUGAGCGGCUCCACAAUAUCCAUCCUGAAGAGAACGGAGUGCCAGUUCCUGUAUGAAGUGAGAGGAGAAACGUACUUAAAGGGAAGAGGAACUGAGACCACCUACUGGCUGACCGGGGGGAAGGACCAGGAGUACAGCCUGCCGACCCCUCCGACCGCUUUGAUGGCAGCAGCGGGACGGAGGGAGACUUUCAACAGCUUCAAAGACAAGGAGAAGCACAGGAGCGGUACCCGGUGACCUGUUUGAGUUCACUCUCUUUCUCACCGUUUCCAAGGCCCACGGGUAAGUCCCUUCUUGGUUCUCAGCUCUGCCCUCUUUGCCCGGAGCUCCUAAUCUAAUUGGCUUUUUCCGUAGUUACUUAUUUGGUUGGAAACCCCAGCCCUUGGUUUUGUCCCCAGAUCCCCAGUUCCACAUCGGGAACUGCAGGUAGUUAUUGGCCAGAGUUGGGCUGGGUCUGACUUAAAAGCCGGACUAGAUCUGGAUUCAGACUAGAUCUGAUUUAAGUAGGACUGGGUUCAGUGUGAGGCCUUGAGUGAAUAAAAUUUUAAGUAAAGGCUGUGUAGCUAAUGGGAAUCUCAGAAGUGUAAAAAAAAAAAAAAUCACAAAAUUGGUGAGCAUGGGAAGAGCAUUUAAUAGAAGCUGUUAGAAUAUUCACCACCUAACCCAAGGACUCUGGUGUUAGGACAAGUUGGUCACAGAAUGGGUUAGAUCAACACUAGGUCACCUGCCAACCUCAAGAAAAUUUCUGUGCUGUGAGGUACCCUGCAAAACACCACACAAUCCCCAACCCGGCAGUACAUCCCUUUUAUGUAUUAUUUUGGCUCUGAAAGACCCAAAACCUUCUCUUAAAAAAAAAGGGGGGGGGAAAUCCUUAAAACCCAAAGAGUUAAGCAUGCCACCUUCCUACAUACCUGCUUAAGAACUAUGGUCCAAGAAGCUAUAAAUAUCUACCAAAAAUGGUCAAAAUCUCGCUAAAGACAAUCUGGAAUUUUGUGUCCUGAGAACUUGCCUUGGUAACCGUCCGGUUGGGGGCCCCAAAAUAUGGCCAGACAGAAAUGUGGGUUGAACACCAUUUGGUAAGGGUCCUACCAAACUGCUGUCAGCCCUCAGGGAAAUCACAGUGGCCACUAUGAGGAAUGUUCCAGUUGGAGAAUAUCAUUUAAGAAGUGCAUCUAAAAACACAAGGGAUACAUAUUUUAAUUGGUGUGAAGAAGCCUCCAAAAUGUUUCAAAAUUCCAAAAGAGCCCAUUAAACGAUUCAUUGCAAAAUGCUAAAAUGAAAAAAGUAAGGACAUAAAAGGCACCUAAAACAAAGGCUAUAGGACUGAUGUCAUUCCUACGUCUCCACUGCAUCCUCCUUUAUUCGAGUACUUAUUCUAGCAAUCCUCUGUCUGAAUUGCCUUUCUAUGCUGAAAAGACUAUUAAACAGUUACCUUUCAAAGAGCUUGGCCUGACUUUCUGCCUCCCUGGGACAUGCAGGCUGUUUGUUCUUUCUUUUGGCUAUCUUUGGGAGUAACUCUGGAUCUUGAGAAGGCAGUACCUUUUUCACCCUCUUUGAGGAUGACUUUGGGUCCAUGAAGUUGUUUAAUUUUGCUAGAAAUAUGUACUGUUUGUCCUGGCUGAAAACUGGCAAGACAGUUAAAAUAAUUUUUAAGUAGCUCUGUGGUCAAAAGUUGCUCAGAGAUUGGAAGCUGAUAUUCAGAUCCUGAUAGGAAUUUUUUUAAAGCCUUCUCCCCUAAAGAAAUUAAAGAUAAUGCAGUUGGAUGAGUAGAUUAAUCCAUAAUAUCAUUUAAGCCUCAACCCAAUGUCUUAUGGAAUUGAGAACAACUGUCAAAUUUUUACAAAACUAGGAAGACAGCUCUAGAGGCAAUUCAAAAGUUCACUGUUCCUUUUUAUCAAUCCCCAA